GAAGAAUCUAACCUAUUUAUCUUGGAUAUUGUAAACAAACAAAGUAAUGGCUCUAUACGAUAACAAAUAUUGGCUACUUUCCCACAUUCGAAAUUCGUUUAUAUCGACAGAUGAUACGGGUAUGUGCGAAGUCGUCAUGGUAGGCGAGAGCAGGCGAGUUAAAGAUCGUAUCUUGAACAAAGAACCUUAUGCCGAUCCUGAGUCGAGCGAAGGAGAAGACGACGAGGUCGGUUCUUACAAUAUUCAAAUGGAUAUGGAAUUUGGACUUAGAGAGCGCUCGAUGACGGCCGCCCGAUUAGAAAAAUUAGAGUACUAUUCGAGGAAAGCUGCCAAAAUGAAACACCUAAAAUGGGAAAUGAAAAAAGACGCGGGAGACAAUGGCGCGUCGGAAUUGUUUGUUAAAAAAGCGCAACCAAUUCCGAAACAGGCAGUAAAGUCAAGUCUGACUGCUGUUCUAAAGAAAUUUACCAAUAUGCCCCAGAAUCCUUAUAUGGACUACGCGAAAUUCGACGGACUUGGCCAGAUCAACAUAGCCACCAGGAAGUAUCGAAUUUUUUUAACAAUGCUGCCGGAAGAGCAACGAAAUUAUCCGAUUGAGGUUUGUUGUGUCGCCACGGCGAAAAUAUCUGAACUGAUUGGACUGAUCCUGUUGAAAGUCAGUACAAAAUAUGCAGAGGCGACUUUAAAAUCCGUCUCCAAUUAUGGUUUAUUCAUAACAGAGGAAGAUGGUGAAGUCGACAGAGAUUUUCCCGCCUUGGAUUCCAGAGAAUGUAUCGCCAAGUUUGGAUUUACUUGUUUAGGACUCGUGGAACACAAGGAACCUGUUAGGAACAUCUCCUUUGAUUGCAUGGAAGAUCUCCCCUCUUCGCCAGAAAGCUUAGGUGGGAAAAAACGUACCACCUCAGCUUCGAAAGCGGAAGAAAACAAACAAAUUAAUGACAUGAUGUUAAUGGAUGGUCACAACAGGGCGAUGGAAGCACCUUUAUAUAAAUCUUACAGGGUGAAUAUCAUAAACAAGGUCAGGCAGAAGAGUGAGGUUCAUUUGGGGAUAAGCAGCGAAAAAUUGGAGAUCGACCCCGUGGCCCAUACCCAUUCAAAAUUUCAACUGGUUAAGCAGAAACCAGUUAGCUACCACAUGGACAUGGUUGCGUGGUGUGAGGUCCUCGAUUGCAAAGGACCCAAAAGCACCUUCAGGAUUUUAUAUUCCAGCGCGUUUGGAGGAAAUGAUCGAGGCACAGUUUCGCCCGGAUCCAGUUUUCCACCCACUUUUCACACGUCGCCCAGUUUCAAACAUUUCGACUUCGAAGCGGAUAAGGAUAUUGCGGAUGAAAUAAUCGAAAAGGUCAAGCUCAUACUGGAGCUGAGGUCAAGCGAGGUCAAAAAGGAGUAUCUGGAUGCCAUACGAAGAAAAAGUUUCGGAAAGAAAAGAGUUUUCCACCUAUAGUGUGAUGUAUUUUACGACGUUCGUGUAGACAGAACAAAUAAAAUCUGGAUUG